AUGGCGAAUUUCGGAGUGAGGAAGAUGAAGCUGGGAAGCCAAGGCCUUGAGGUAUCGGCGCAAGGUCUCGGUUGCAUGGGCAUUUCCGCUUUCUACGGUCCUUCCAAGCCGGAAACUGAAGCCAUCGCUCUCCUCCACCACGCAAUUGAUUCCGGCGUCACUUUCCUUGAUACCUCCGAUGUAUACGGCCCUCAGACCAACGAAUUGCUCAUCGGCAAGGCUCUGAAGGAUGAUGAUAAAGUGAGGAAGAAAGUGGAGCUUGCGACCAAAUUUGGAGCCACUUUUGCAGAGGGAAAGAGAGAAGUAAGAGGAGAUCCUGCUUAUGUGAGAUCUGCUUGUGAGGCGAGUUUAAAGCGGCUAGAUGUGGAAUGCAUUGAUCUCUAUUAUCAGCAUCGUGUGGAUACUCGUGUCCCUAUCGAAAUCACUAUGGGAGAGCUCAAGAAGCUAGUGGAAGAGGGUAAGAUAAAGUACAUUGGUUUAUCUGAAGCCUCUGCCUCAACCAUCAGAAGAGCGCAUGCUGUUCAUCCGAUAACCGCCGUGCAGUUAGAAUGGUCCUUGUGGACGAGAGACGUGGAAGAAGAAAUCAUUCCUACCUGCAGGGAACUUGGGAUUGGGAUUGUAGCUUAUAGUCCACUAGGAAGAGGCUUCUUUGCAACAGGACCCAAGCUUACUCUACCAAGAUUCCAACAAGAGAACUUAGACCACAACAAGACUCUCUACGAGAAAGUUUGUGCAAUGUCAGAGAAGAAAGGAUGCACACCUGCACAACUAGCUCUCGCAUGGGUUCAUCACCAGGGAGAUGAUGUUUGUCCCAUCCCUGGAACCACAAAGAUCGAAAACCUCAACCAGAACAUCGGAGCUUUAUCGGUGAAACUCACUCCCGAAGAGAUGACUGAGCUCGAGACCAUUGGCCAAGCAGAGUCUGUGAAAGGAGAAAGAUACACCGCCAUGGUUCCCACCUUCAAGAACUCUGACACUCCACCAUUAUCUUCUUGGAAAGCUUAA